UGAAUAGUGGGUAUUUUCUUUUACAUUUGUACUUUAAGUAAACGUUGCUGAUAUUACUUACGUACUUUUACCCAAAUACAGUUUUGAUGACAAGUAUUUUUGGUGGUACUGCUACUUUUAUUUAAGUAAAGAUACUUCUUACCUUACUCUGGUCUACUUUUACCUGUUCUCCUGUACUCUACUCCACAUUAUUAUCCUCUGUUUUUACUUCACUCUACUCUAACAUACAUGUUUAUCUUCUCUAUACUCUACCUUACUUAUAAUCCUCUACUGUAGUCUUCUCUCCUUUAUCUAUUAGUCUACCUUACCCUAUUCUACUCUACACCACUUUAUUAUAACUUAACUUACAUACUGUAUGUAAACGUUGAUACAAAGUCACUUCAUUAUUGUUUUAUUAUUUCCCAGUGUAUUAACUAGUGUUUUGUUGUCCACAGUUCUCCUCUGACGACACUUUUGCCACAGUUUGAACCGAUGGGUCUCUCACUGUCAGUCAGGUUGUAUAGCAGGGCAGAGGACAGCCCUCCCUCCUCUUCAUCAGCCUUCUCCCCGCUGGCUGUCCCGACCUCCUCUCGCCUCGCGGUCAUUCUCAACUCCUCCCCGGUUGCUCCAGGAGACGGACGCUCGCACUGGAGCUCGGUCCACCGCUCGCCACACUUCCUGCUGUCUGCCUGCAAACAGGAAGUGACACGUUCACCUGUUGAGCGGAGCAGCGAUGGCGUGAGGGCGGAGAUGGGGUUGAAGAGUGGGCUUCACGUGUGGGAGGUGCUGUGGAGCCCCAACCACAGGGGCAGCCACGCUGUCUUGGGCAUUUCCAGGCAGAACUGCCCCCUGCAGGCCUCGGGGUACAACGUGCUGAUGGGUGGAGACUCGCAGUCCUGGGGCUGGGAGCUUAAAACCAAUCAGCUCUGGCACGGUGGACAGAGUCUGGGACUUUACCCAGGAAAGAAGAGGAGGUGUCACUCUGAGGCUGUGGAGGAUUUUAGCCCACAGUCUUCCACAAAGAUGGCACAGACACCUCUCCCCGUCCCCGAGCGCAUCCUGAUGGUCCUGGACGCCGACGCAGGGACUCUGGGAUUCAUUGUAGACGGCAGCUUCCUCGGUGUAGCUUUUAAAGACCUUCCUCGUGGUGUGGAGCUGUUCCCCGCAGUGAGCAGUGUGAGAGGUGGAGCCAGCAUACGACUACGAUACCUGAACGGUGCCACACGUGACCCCCCUGCCCUGAUGGCUUUAUGUGGACUGUCAAUUCGUCAGUUUUUAGGGCACGAGAGGCAGAAUCAAAUGGACAAACUGCCUCUACCCUCUCGUCUCCAGCACUACCUGCUUUCUAGUCAAUAAUGCGCACAUAUACACACAAUAGGAAAGAUUUUGUACCAUGAAUGUAAAGAAGAGUUCCUUUUUAUAUGAAAACUUAUGUACAACUCUAUUUAUUAUUCAUCUUAUUUAUCGCAAAGUAAUAUAUACAUAGUUCGCUCAGAAUAUUUAGAUCUGUAAACUGUGUUUAGUUUCAAAACAUCAACAGUGAACAGAGAGGACAUUUGGGGAUUUUUGUGGGACUAUCAGUGU